AAUAAAUUAAAGAGCUCAUACCAAUUGAAGACCUUAAGCUCUGCGAAAAUGGCAUUCGUUGGUCGCAUGAACAGUCACGGCAACUUGGUGGACAGUGAACUGUUCCACAAGGCGCGCUCGACAGUGAACACGAGUUCCAUGCAGGCCCAGGAGAACGAACUCGAAAGGGUAACGAGGCGCACAAAGGGCUCACGCACCUACAUCAAGCCCUAUGACGCUGUCUCUAGUCCGUGCCCGAGCACGGUGCGCUAUGUGGGCCGCUCCGCUUCGUCCAGCGAGCUCAACUCGUCGGACGGCACGGAGGUGUCCACACUGCGCUACUGCUCACCCCGAUCGCUAGAAACGGAGUCGGAUACACUGACGCCCGAGCACGGCUCCGACAAUAGCUCCCUGUCCGGAUGCAGCGGGCGAGCUGACCAAAUGGUGGGCCGUCAGCAGUCGCGGCAAAUGGAAUACGAUGCAGAGAACCACCAGCAGCAGCAGGAGAGAGGCUCCACAACAUCCAUGUGCAGCUGGGAGGAGGAGGAGGAGGUGGAGGAUGAAGAGGAGCAGGACGAGGAUGGUACAAUUUCGACAUAUACGUCCGUGGAUCAGCUCACCUUCAGCUGUUCGGUGCCCCUGCUCGAUCUGGGCUCGGAUACUGCCUCGCUGCAGUACGACCCGCAAACACAUCUGAACCAAUUGAAGAUGGUGCGACGCUCCGACGAGGCCUACAAUAAUUGGCUAUCUGGCAAACGGCGGCUGAGCCUGUAUAAGCAGCAGGCGCUGCAGGAAGAGCGCAAGCUGAAAAAACAGCAGGACGAGCUGCGUCAACAGCUGAACGCACAACGAGUCCAGGAGUGGUGCCAGCGCAAGGCGCUCCAAAAUACGAGCAACAACAGCAACAACAACAACAAGCGCAAAUCGAAUCCUGUAAAAAUACCAGCCCUGAGUGCGGAGGUGGCGCAACGACGCCUCCAAAACUGGGAGCUGCAGAAAAUCCAGCAGGCGGAACAGCAGCGUCAGCGGCAGCAACGCGAGGCUCUGCGGAAGCAACGGGAACAACAACAACGCAAGCAACUCGCUGCCACAGCGUGGCAGCAAUGGGUCAAGGGCGCGGCCCAACGCCCCAAGCCGGUGCCACUCAACCAAGGCAUGAAUACGCUGCGCGGCACCAUCUCCAACAUCUAUGUCAAUCCAAACCCCUGGGUGCACCUUAACGAAAGCAAACUAGCAUCCAAAUAAUCAGUACGCAAUUGUUGAAACAUAUCUGAGAAAUGCGCUGUGCACAAAUAUGGGAACAAAUUUUGUAAAAGUAGCCUAAAACAUUUUCUAUAGAUAAAAAUCCAUAUUUGAUAUA